AUGGCAGCAACCUCCAACGUUUGUGUGAGCUUGAAGCUCCUAAUAGACUCUAAGAGCCACACAAUUUUGUUUGCUGAAGUGAGCAAAGAAGUUGUUGAUUUUUUCUUCUCUUUGCUGUCUUUUCAUGUUGGCACCGUCAUUAGGCUCCUCUCUGGGGAUGGCAUGGUUGGUUGCUUAGGCAAGCUCUACGCAAGCCUUGAAAAUCUUAGCUACACAUACUUGCAACCUAAUCUCAACAAGAACACCCUGCUCAGGCCCAAGUCAGCUGUUGCUGGAGCUAAUAUCUUCCAUUUGUUGACCAACAAUAAAUCUGAUUCAGAAGCUAAGAAAUUUUACUACUGUGAUUGCAAUCACCCAUCAUCCUCUUUCCAUUCGUACCAUGUGACCGAAACAGCAGCACGCGGUACGCCUAUGUCUACCAUUUCAAGCAUUGCCAUGCUUAACAAGUUCAAUGUGAAGGAUGUUGGAGCCCUUGAAGAGAGGGUGGUUCAGCUUGGCCUGCAAGAGGGUUUGAAAUUGCUCAAGGCAUCUUUAGAGUCAAAAACAGUCCUCACUGAUGUGUUCCUUGGGACGAAGCUCCUCUCUGGGGAUGGCAUGGUUGGUUGCUUAGGCAAGCUCUACGCAAGCCUUGAAAAUCUUAGCUACACAUACUUGCAACCUAAUCUCAACAAGAACACCCUGCUCAGGCCCAAGUCAGCUGUUGCUGGAGCUAAUAUCUUCCAUUUGUUGACCAACAAUAAAUCUGAUUCAGAAGCUAAGAAAUUUUACUACUGUGAUUGCAAUCACCCAUCAUCCUCUUCCCAUUCGUACCAUGUGACCGAAAACAGCAGCACGCGGUAUGUGUCGGAUGACGUUGGAGCCCUUUGUCCAAAAUGCGGAAGAACAAUGUCCAAGCAGAUGACUUACGUUGCUCCACCAACAGCAACGUCUACACGAGAUACAAUUUUGUCAAGCGAGGGAGGGUAUGUGAAAGGUGUUGUUACAUAUAUGAUCAUGGAUGAUUUGGAAGUGCAGCCUAUGUCUACCAUUUCAAGCAUUGCCAUGCUUAACAAGUUCAAUGUGAAGGAUGUUGGAGCCCUUGAAGAGAGGGUGGUUCAGCUUGGCCUGCAAGAGGGUUUGAAAUUGCUCAAGGCAUCUUUAGAGUCAAAAACAGUCCUCACUGAUGUGUUCCUUGGGAUGAAGUCGGCAGCAUGA